CAAACCGGGCGUUGCACGACUACGAAACGAUAGAUAGGGCAGCCCACCGGUAGAUCCAGACCAAGGCCGGAGCACUUUCGCCUUGUGGGCCGCGACGCGCCGGCUCCCUUACAGGCUGCCGUGUGGGAGUAGCCAGACGCCAUCGACGCGCCGCAGGAGACGGCACCAAAACCAUGUGGGCCAUGGGCUUCACUUCCAAACGAUCGCGCUUCACGGAGCACGCGAGAGUGGGCUUCCGCGCCGAGGCGCCGGGCAGAGUACACGCAAAACAGUCCGAGGCGGCCGUCGCCGAGGCGCUGCGAUUGGCGCUGUCGGAUGAAUGUCGAUAUAGGUUGGUCUUGAUUGACCGCGGCGCCGAGGGUGCCGUGCGGCAUGUGUUGCAUCCGGAAGAGCGGGAUGUGCCUGCCGAUAGUCCAUUGGCGAAUCGGCCGCCGCCUCCAUCUCGCUCAGAAUUGAUACUGGUGGCGAGGUUGUCCGAUGAUUGUCAUAGAGGUUCCGAUCGGGCAAUACUAGAGACCACAAGAAUCAUGGAUCAUCUCGGGGUCGAAAAAUUGGAUGGUCUAUGUGUGCCGUGGCCCGAAGCGUCGGAGGACGCGCCUCACGAUCCGAACCACACGGGGCCCGACUGCCGACGACAGAAGAAGCUAUUCUUGAGGACCUGGAAAGCACUACAUAAGAAACUAGUUCCUGAUCGAGUUCGAUGGCUCGGCACGGAGUUGCUCGAUGCCUGGCAGCUCGAAAGGGUCGUGGAGGACGUCUCGGAACAUGAGCGGCCGGUCUUCAAUCUCAUAGAGAUGGACAUCUCCGCGCCAAAGACGAGGACGGUCACGUGGUGCCAGGCGCACGGCAUCGAGUUGCUUGGUAUGUUAGAUACGUCGGAGCACAAGAUAAGUACUGAGGAGGUGGGGAAAUUUAGAGAGUUACAAUCAGAAAUGGACGUGGAGCCGUCUGUCAUAAUUACGCGCUGGGCGGUGCAGCGCGGUGUGGUGACAUUGCCCUCUUUAUCGAGGGUGGUCAGUGAAGGGUCGUCGUUAACGUCAGCCGAAGCCUAUGAAGCCUGGGCCGACAAAUUGAAAAAGAUUCUGGCUGCUCGCACGCUUCACCUACACAUGCCCACCGAGGGCCGGCGCGUGAAUUUGGAUAAUGCGCGACUGGCUUUGUUGAACUCUUUUGAUCGAGAACAAAAUGAAAAGCAGGAGUAUUAUGAUCAACGGCUGGCGGAGAUUACUCGUAGAAAAUUAAAACCGGUGCGGACGGCGGCCAAGGCGUUGAAUGCCCUCAGUGCGUUCUCGACGGCGGCCGAGGAUAAGGCUCGGGAGCGGGGCGAGGAGGUGCCGGCGUUCACGCUCUAA